AUGUCACCACCGAAUCAGUCCGCAAGUAUUCCGAAUACUCAUGAAAAUAUUGAAUUAUUGAAUAUGAUUGGUAGUGAAAAAUAUGCUGCUUUGAAUUCAUCUAUAGAAGACGGAGUUCAAUCUGGAUCGAACCAACAAUUAAUGCAAAAUCUUCAGACUACAGAACAUGAGUCAUUAUUUAAAUUGUUUGAUUAUGCUUUAUAA